CGAGGGCUGCCGGGAAAACAGCUGACACUGCUCCCACGUGAGCGAGCCGCAGAAGAAGAAGCAGAGCCCUUUCCUCCUUGGCCCAGUGGCUGGUGAGACCUCGAGAUGCAGGCCGAGUCCCUCUUGCACAGUGGCUACUUUCACCCCACCCUCCGCUUGUGGCAGGCGACAGCCGCUAGCUUCCGCGCGGCCAACCUCAUCUACCCCAUCUUUGUGACGGACAGCCCAGAUGCCGUGGAGCCCAUUGCCAGCCUGCCUGGUCAAGCCCGUUAUGGGGUCAACAGGCUGGAGGAGAUGCUGCGUCCCCUUGUGGCUGAUGGCCUGAAGUGCAUUCUGAUUUUUGGGGUCCCAAGCCGAGCCAUCAAGGACGAACGUGGAUCUGCGGCCGAUGCCAAGGACCCCGUAAUCCAGGCCAUUGCCACAAUCCGUGCCUUGUUCCCUGAGCUGCUGAUCGCCUGCGACGUCUGCCUGUGCCCGUACACCUCCCACGGGCACUGUGGCAUUCUUCGGGAAGAUGGCACCCUCCAGAACGAGAUCAGCUGUCAGAGGCUGGCUGAGGUGGCUCUGGCCUAUGCCGAGGCAGGAUGCCAUAUUGUGGCCCCCUCGGACAUGAUGGAUGGGCGCAUCGGCGCCAUCAAGCAGGCCUUGGUCUCCAACAACUUGGGCAACAAGGUUUCUGUCCUGAGCUACAGCGCCAAGUUUGCUUCCUGCUUCUACGGCCCCUUCAGAGAUGCAGCCCAGUCCAAACCUGCUUUUGGAGACCGGCGGUGUUACCAGCUCCCUCCGGGGUCGCGGGGCUUGGCCUUGCGGGCUGUGGACCGAGAUGUGCGGGAGGGAGCAGACAUGUUGAUGGUCAAGCCAGGAAUGCCUUAUCUUGACCUCGUGUGGGAGGUGAAGGACAAGCAUCCCAACCACCCGCUGGCUGUCUACCACGUCUCUGGAGAGUUUGCCAUGUUGUGGCAUGGAGCGCAAGCUGGGGCCUUUGACUUGAAGGCUGUGGUGAUGGAGGCCAUGGCUGCAUUCAGGAGAGCAGGGGCUGAUAUCAUCAUCACCUACUACGUGCCUCAGCUGCUGCGUGGCUGAAGGAAGAGCAGGCCUGAGCCGUUGCUUUCCUGGGAACAA